GUCGACUGCAAACUAUCCGCCCGGUUUUUACGUCUGUCAAUAAAAGCGGUAUCUCUCAAACGCAUUCAAAAUAACCGUCAAUUAAUUUUCAUCCGGCCCAGCCAAAGAAUCGCAUUUUCACUAGUAAUCGGGAGGAGAGGGACCGCACAACCGAAGAUUACGGCUGUAGAAUUUCUCGGGGAUAAAAUAAUCGAGUGGAUGUCACGUAGAGACAGGGAAAAAUGUCCGAUCUCACGAGGUCGAGCGCGACGAAAGUGAAAAUCCCACCACCCCUCAAUCUUCAUCCCGAGAGUCAAGAUGACGACACAUUGAACCCCAGGACUGCUAGGAUAUUGAAGAACGAUCUAUUGUUGCACGAGGCUGUCAUCAAAAAUGAGCCAGAGACUGUGAGAAAAGUUCUCCAAGAAACUGUGGCCGUCGAUUCCCGUAACAACUAUGGGAGAGCACCGAUUCAUUGGGCGGCCUCCAGGGGUAAUACGGAGAUCAUUGAAAUGCUUAUUCGAGCGGAAUGCGACAUCGAGGCGCGGGAUAAGUUCGGGAUGAGGCCGCUUCACAUGGCCGCUUGGUACGGACAUCUAGAGGCCGUCAGGAUGCUCAUCGAUGCCGGCGCAAGUGUGACAGCUGUCAAUAAGAAAAAAUAUACCCUUUUGAUGUGUGCAUCGCGAGGGAACAACGCAGAUGUAAUUGAAUAUUUGACUGGAGCUGUGGAGACGCUGAAUAUCGAUGCCAUUGACUGCACAGGUGCCACUGCUCUGCAUCACGCCGCUGUUUCUGGCAAUCCUGGUGUCAUUGAGGCACUAUCCAAAAUACCGGAAAUUAAGCUGGACGUCACUGAUAAAAAACAACAAACCCCCCUGCACUGUUCCUGCGCUGAUGGUCACGGCGAGGCAGUUGAAAUUCUCAUCAAACUCGGUGCAAACUUAAACAGCCAGGACAAGGAUGGAAACACCCCUAUGCAUGUGGCAACGCGAAUGAGAUACACCGGAAUAGUACAGACCCUAUUAAAAGCCAAUGCAGACAUUGAGAUAGCUGAUGAGGCUGGGUUAACAGCUCUCCAUGUUGCAGCCAGUCAGGGCUGCAAGGGCAUUCUGGAGCUCAUUCUCCAGCACAGCAGUAUCACCAAUGUACAGUGCAAUGCUGGGAAUACAGCGCUUCAUCUCGCAUGUCAAAACAACCAAGUGGAUUCUGUGGAAAUACUGAUAAAACAUGGGGCGGAUCUGAAUUCUCUUAAUUCGAAACUCCAAACUCCGAUACACAUUGCGGCGGAAGUGGGUCACACGGAUGUCUGCAAACUCCUACUCGCAGCCGGGGUUAACAUUGAACAGAAGGAAAAAAGCGGAAAAACACCUCUGUAUAUCGCUGCUGGGGGUAGCUUCACGGCGAUUGUGGAUAUGAUCAUCAAAACAGCAAGACUAGAGUAUUUGGAGGAUCAAGGAUCGGAGAAAAAUGGAGAUCUGAUCCCGGUCAGUAGACGAUGGAGAGAGGAGGCCAGGCGGAGUACCGUAUCUGGUGUAUACAAUGGGGGAAUUACCGAGCAUGUGCGCUGUAUUCUCCGGAGACUGGCUUACAAGCAACUUGAUGCUGGGGACUGGAGGAAACUCGCACUCCACUGGGCAUUUACCCAUGAUCACAUACACGCCAUUGAACAGCAGUACACUGGGUCUUCUAGCUACAAAGAGCAUGGGUAUAGGAUGCUCAUGAUAUGGGCCUCUGGACUCAGCCCUGAACUUCAAUUAAGCAAGGAAUUGCAUGAAGCACUUUUGGCGAUCGAUAAAAAAAAUGUUGCUGAUAAAGUUGAAAAACAUCUGGAUCAAGGAGACGACGAUAAAAGUGAUAAGCAACGUUGCCACAGGUGCACAGUCACGUGAAUCCCUCCAUCGAGACUGAACAAGUAUAAUCAAUUUUUUUACGACUCUACCCAGAAAUAACGCCGAUAGAACCUGUGAAAGACAAACGCUUAUAGAAAGAAUAAUGAAAGUGAAUAAUGUACAUAUCUGGUAAAUGUGAUAAUUCAAAUAAACGUAUUUAAUUUGAAGGAUAAUUCAAUGUGAGACUAAAUGGAUGUUAUUAAA